CUCUAUAAAUCAGCCUUUACUGUCUGGUUAAAACGCAGAAGUCCGAUCUCCGACAUCAUUGCCAUUCGGCGUAAUAUCGAUUUUUGUUGUUAUUGUUCAUACGGAACUAUGGUACGCGCCUGGUACAUGGACAGCAGCGAUGCUGAUCAAAGAUUGGAACACCAUAGGCAGCCGCCGGAAUUCGUGUCGCUGGAUAAUCUGUUCGCCGCAACGGGAGUUGAAUAUUUUAAGAUAAAUCAUCUAAAUUAUGAGACGGAUGCUACUUUGAAAGAAUUACGCGAGAAACGCGGUUACUCGUAUGAAGACGAAAUAACAUGCUCCAAAGAGUGUUUAUCAAAUUACGAAGAGAAGUUGAAAAACUUCUUCACCGAACAUCUUCACACUGACGAGGAGAUACGUCUGGUUCUGGAUGGAUCGGGCUACUUCGACGUGCGGGACAAGGAUGAUCAAUGGAUUCGAAUUGAAGUGACGGCCGGCGACCUAAUAAUCAUACCCAGUGGGAUUUAUCAUCGCUUUACUCUGGACACUAACAAUUAUAUAAAAGCAAAGAGAUACUUUGUGGGAGAACCAGUUUGGCUGCCGUACAACAGACCGGCUGAAAACAUGGACUGCCGCAAGCAGUACCUCAAUCGACUGCAGAAAGGCUUUGAAGUACCUUUGGUUUAAUAACCCCGUAUUAACUAUAUACAUAAGCUUCCAUAAGAAAAUAUAUUUUUUAUAUCUAUCUUUCAUUAAACUAUUAUACUUGAAGUUACCAAUGUAUAUCAUCAUACUUGAAUAUUAAAUAUUGUAUAUAUACAAGUGUAUGUUAUAUAAGCAUAUGAUAAUCUGUGAAUGAACAAUAUAAAGCAGCUAUACGUACAAUUUCUUUUUCAACAUA